AUGACACAAAAAAAUGUUGAUGAAUAUCAACGAGCUCAAUGUAUUGCAUUAAGAAAGACCGGUAUGUCUUAUCAUGCAAUCGGUACAAAUGCUGGUAUUUCGAGAGCUUCGGUUCAACGUGCUUUGGAAAGAUUCGAAGAAACUGGUGGCUUUCAAGACCAUCAUCGUUGUGGUAGACUAGAAAAACAAAAUCAACAAAAUGUUUGUAUGUUGAAGCAUUGGGCUCAAGAUGAUGAUAAUCGAAGUUCUGCCCCUGAAAUAAUGAUAGAAUUUAACAAAUCAUUAGAGAAAUUGACCCAGAGAAGAACAAUCAUCAAUUAUUUUCAAGAAUGUGGCUUUGAAUACAAAGGAAUGUGUUUAAUUAGCGAAUUAACUGAUGAUCUAUCAACCGAAUGGUUAGUUAUAACAUUACAAUUACGUGAAAAGUUUGUCUUUUCAAUGUCGCAAUGGAUACAAAAAUCUUUUGCAGCACCUGGCAAAUGUAUAUACUAUUAA